AUGGUAUCGGUCCCUGAGUUGCAAUUCCUCAAGAAUAAUCAUGUGGUAUCUGAUGGUUUGCUUGCACAAGUUCGUUCGAUGAACUCAGUCGGGAUAAAAACUUCUCAGAUUAUGUCCCAUAUUGCUAUGCAUUCGGGAGGUUAUGAGAGAAUGCCAUGUCUAGUCAGAGAUGUGUACAAUAGAGUCGCAAGAGCAAUUAGGGAAGAAAAACUGGAAACUGAUGCGGAAGGUGCAUUAGGAUUCUUGGAUUGUCUUUCUGCGCAAGAUCCAAAUUUUUUUGUGUACCACCAAGCUGACACAAAAAACAAACUCGCCAAAGUAUUCUGGGCCGAUGGGACUGCAAGAAUUGACUACCGGGCAUUCAGGGAUGUGAUAGCAUUUGACACAACGUACAUGACCAACACGUACAACAGCCAUUGUCCAUUUUGA